CCCUGCUCAGUUCGCAGUCUGCGCGGGAGUGGAGGAGACGCCGAUACGACCCCCAGCGAUAGUUGACUAAACUUUAACUUUCAAUUAACCGCGUUGUAAAUGACAAACUGAGUUCUGUGUAUAUACAUUUCUCUCAUAUCCAUCGUCUCUCACGCCGGGGUGAGAGCGUCUGCCGGUCUUCUCGUGUGUUGUGCUGCAGAAAGUAGCAGCAGCAGCUGAUCUUAUCGCUACUACUUGUAAAAGAACGAUGCCGACAUCCAUGCCCCGACAAGACAGCAGCCUGGCGACGCUCCGGCCCGUGUCCCGGGGCGUCGUCUUCUCCGCGCGCCCCGGGUCGCGCAGGGAUGCCCGGCCGGGACGGAGCAGCUCGUCCACAGUGCACAUGGAGCAGCUGUACCCGGCCAACGAGGGGGCACCGUGUCGCAUCAAUGGCCUGGAUGCCCGAGUCACAUCGCCCGUAGCCUCCAAAGAAUCCCUGACGCCAUCCGUGGCCUUGUCACCAAAGCCCGCGCUUUCGGCGAGCGAGGUGGCGGACUUUGUGCGGCGCGGCGUGGCGGAGAGGACAGAGCAGCUGGUGCGUGCGUUUCGGGCGCUGGACCCGGGCCGGGCUGGCACAGUGAGCCACGGAGAGCUCCGUCGCGUGCUGGAUCUCUUUGUCCUGCCACUGACCGACCCUCAGUUUGGCGCGCUGCUUGUGAUGGUACCAGCAGGGAGGAAUGGGAAUAUACCAUACCUGCAGUUUUUAGAACACUUUCUCGGUCAGCCUACAAGGCCCAGCACAGCAUCAUCUCGGCAAAAAUCAACGCCACCGGCAGGCCGUGGGAUAAAUGAGGAAACUGACCUGUUGCUGCGGAAAAAGCUGGGCAGGGACCUGAAGGGCGUGGUGCGUACCUUCCGCCUCUUCGACUACAACGGCGAUGGGCGCGUGCAGCGCCACGAGCUCCGGGCCGUCCUCGAGAGCCACGGAGCUCGUCUCUCAGAAAGCCAGUUCAGCAAGCUGUGGGCUCGCCACGAUGUGCACAAGGGUGGCACGGUGGCGUACCAGGAGUUCCUGGAGUCCCUGGGGCUUUCGCAGGAGAGUCAGUGGCACCCGGAGCCGGACACCGUCCAGUUGUUACUCAACUGGGAAGCGGUGCGGAGGGACGCUGCGGAGGAGAGGAAGCAGCUGGAGAGCCGGUGCGAUGAACGGGGAUACAUGGGGCAGGCGGGCGAUGCCAAGGAGACUGAGCCAGAAGCCAGCCCGGAGGAGCUGCAGGCAGCUUUCCGGAAGAAGGUGUGCGAAAACUACAGCAACCUCCAGCGGGCGUUCCGUGCAUUCGACAGCUCGGGUGCCGGCACCCUGGCGGUGGAGGACUUUGUGUCGGUGCUGCGCAGCUUUACGCUCCCGCUGGCACCGGAGGCCAUGCUGUGUGUCCUCGACCAGCUUGGCAUCAAGGCCACUGGAAAGGUACCCUGGGAGCUGUUUUUGGCCAAAUUUCCGAAUCCUCAAUCGAUCGGCAAUGGCCAGACACUGCCCAUGAGGUCCAGCCACAGGGUGAACCCUUUUCGUGGCGCCGACGAGUCUACCUCUGCCAGUGAGGUCCUGGCGAGACUGCGGAAGCAUAUUCUGGAGUGCUACCCAUCUCUCAAGGAGGCCUUCCUUGCCCUGGACAUUAACCGGCAAGGACGGGUGACACGUCAGGAGUUGCGCCGACUGGUUGAGGGGUUUGGGUUCCGCAUGGGCGACAGUCACUUCCGGGAGCUCAUGCUGCUGCUGGACCCAGGCCACUCGGGGUUCGUGGACUACACGGACUUCUUGUGUCUGUUCGAGCCUCGAGAGACCCUGGAUGCUCACAAGUGGUUAAAUAGCACUCACCGAGUUAAUGGACAUAAGACAACUGACAUUCUGACCUGGAAGGCGGCGGAGGAAAUUCUCCGUGACAAGCUGACGGAGCGCUGGAAGGACGUGUGCGAGGCUUUUGACUCCUGUGACCAGGAUGCCGAUGGCUUCAUCACCCAGGAUAACCUGCGUGCCAUCCUCCGCAGAUUCGGACCUUCGCUGUCCGACGAACACUUUAACAAGCUGUGCAAAGGCUGCGAGCAGGGCCCAGGUUUCCGGAUCCGGUUCUCCGAGUUCCUGAUGCGUCUGGGCGUGGACCCCCGGCCCGGCGACUUUGCCGGGGUCAGCUCGCGUCUACACAGCGAAAGCAACGCGCGCGAGGUCAAGAGGCAGGCCGACCUGUCUGCGAGACUGGAGCUGAUCGAGGGCGAGGCGAGGAAGCUGACGGGCGCGCUACCCCUGCGGGAGGUGCUCGUCCGGCUCAGGGACCACGUGGCGCAGCGCGACACCACGCUGCACCAGAGCUUCGCACGCCACGACCGGCGGGGAGAAGGCCGCGUGUCCAAUUUCGACUUCCGCCAGAUCCUGCAGGAAUGUGGCAUGAUAAUGGAAGAUGACCAAUUUAAUGCACUACUGCAGAGACUGGGAUUUACCAACGGCAGCAUAACCUACUCGGACUUUCUUGCAUGCUUUGAAGACCGUCGCAUCUACGGGCCGGGCGAGCAGCUGCUGCUCUCGCCCAAUCACCGCGUUGCCGAGGUCUCCAGACAGCACUGUCGUGCCGAGGAUUGCCACGCGGCACUGCCUGACAAGCUACGGCAGGUCUACACGGACCUGCGCUCGGCGUUCAACAAGGCGGACAGCGACAGGGACGGGGCGGUGACGGCCGGCGACCUCCGCCGCCUCCUGGAGACUCUGCACUUCUCCCUCACGGACGGAGAGUUUGGCCGGCUGCUCGGUAUGCUGGGGUUGAACGAGCGCUCGCGGCUCAGCUACGGCGACUUCCUGCAGAAGUUCGACCCGCCCACACAAGACGGCGGAACACGCUGGCUCGACGCGGGCGCAAGAAUCAUGGAGAUUAAAGACCCUUCGGAGAUGGCUUGUGAACAGGCUCAUCAGUAUCUUGUCAGCCGUGCUCGCAAGAGCUGGAAGGAUGUCUCACAGGCGUUUCGUGACUACGAUGAGAACGGUGACCGCGUGGUGCAGAAGAGCGAGCUCCGGACCCUGCUGUUCCGCUACAUGCUGCCGCUCACCAGCCACGACUUCGACAGCCUUUGGGCCAGGUACGACCCAGACGGACACGGGGUCAUCUCGGAGCAGGAGCUGGCACGGCUCCUGGAUGUGGUGAGACCGCCCACCGGCGUGGACAAGGGCCCGAGCGCGCGCAUCGCCGAGCAGAACCAAGCGACGCUGGCGACGCUGGCCGAGGGUCAGCGCGAGCGGCGGUGCGAGCUGGUGGGCCAGCAGGCACGCCGGGGCGCCUUCUACAACCUGGAGCAACUCGCGCAGGAGAUCAAAGACAAGUUUCGCGACAAAUACUCAGACUUCGGGGCGGCGUUUGCCCGGGCCGACCGGAACAAGGAUGGCUUCGUGACGGCAGACGAUUUGCGGCACAUGCUGUGUGAACACAACUACUCUCUGGACCACGAGCAGUUUGAGCAGCUCCUAGGAAAGCUGGGGAUACCAACGGAGGGGAGUCGCCUCUCUUAUGCCGACUUCGUGCGAGCCGUGGACGACGGGAGGGCUUCUCGGUACGGAGCGCGGCCCUCCCAGCCGUGCGGUGUGAAUGCGACCCAGAGGCUGAGCCCCGAGGGUGCUCUGGCCUUCCUGCGGGAGAAGGUCCCGUCGCUGCUUGCGGUCCUGCAGAAGGCCUUCGGCGCCUUCGACAAAUCCCAGAGAGGCCUGGUGAAGGAGGAGGAGUUCCGCCGAGUCCUGGACAACUUCUGCCUGAAGCUCGACGAGCCGCAGUUCCAGCACCUGCUCAAGAGGCUCAAGCGUGGCGGCGAUGGCACCGUCGACUGGCAGGAUUUUCUGGAGGCUUUCAGUCUCCUGUCCGACAAGACGGAGAGCGCGGACUGGCAAUGCGAGGUCGCGCGGGCGGCCCUAGCCGGGCACCGCGGCGCCGGUGAUUGUGCGCUGUCCGCGGGUGGGGUGCUCCGACGGCUGCGGGACGUGGUGUCGGCGCGCUUCUACGCAGUGGCGCGCGCGCUGGUGUGCGCCGACCUCCCAGGGAUUGGCAAGCUCACACGGGAGCAGUUCCGUCAGGUCGUGCAUCGCCACUUCCUGCGCCUCUCCGACAAGCAGUUCGAAGAGCUGUGGGCGCAGCUGCCGGUGGAUGAGUGCGACAAGCUGGACUACCGCGAGUUUCUGAAGAGGUUCUGCGACGGUACCGCUUUGCCGGCGGCCGCGUUCACCUCAUCAGCUCCCACUGGAAUGCUGAGGCAGAGUGUCGGGGCCAUAGGCCAGAAUGGGUGUACUGCCCCAGCAGCAGCUCCAGCAGCAGCAGCAGGAGUAGCCCACAACGGCGCAACCGCAACGAAGAGCAGACCUAAAACGACUGCGUCCUGCCUUCUGACACGAUCCCAGUCGCUGAACACGGGCCACCGGCCGGCCACCGUGGCGGGGAGCGUGCGCGGUGGCAUGGCGCGCGCGGUCCGUUCGACUCCGCUCGUGGAUUGCGAGGCCCUCGAGAGCAGGCUGCGCGAGCGAGUAAGCCGCCGCUGGCAGGAGAUCCUGCGUGAGUGCCGUCUCAAGGAUCCCACGGCGAGCGGGGAAAUCGGCACCAACGACCUCCAGGGCGUGCUGCGCACCUUCGACGUGUCGGUGAGCGAGGACGAGCUUGCGGAACUCGCCUCCAAGUUUGCGGCACACAGCACGGGCCACGUAGCGUACCGCACAUUCCUUCGCCACCUGGUGCUGACGCUGCGUCCGCGCCAGCAUGGCCUCCUGCAGCGCCAGCGUCUGCAGCAGCCGUCGUUCACGCCCGGUGGCACGGCGCCCAACGAUGCGUUCCUGGAGGCCAUGCUGCACCUCCGCGACCAGGUGCUGCCCAACUGGAGGCCGAUGCGACGCGCCUUCCGUGCUGGAGAUCCUAGCGCCAGCGGCUUCCUCUGCGCCCCCGACUUCCGCCAGGUGCUGAAACAAUUCGCCAUCAACCUCACGGAGGAGGAGUUCUUUCAGAUUCUCAACUAUUACGAUGGGCAGUUGCACAACCGCGUGCCGUACAACGCCUUCCUGCGGACCUUCCUCGUCUAGCUGGGCCCCCCACGGGGACCCAUCGCUCGCCCCCCACCACGGUGGCGGACUUGGUGGGCAGACGAUCGUGCGAGUGAGAAGCUGAAGUGGCCCAGUCGCACGUGAGAGGUCGAUUCGAGCUUACAUCCAUAAGGCCACUGGACACGAGGAGCUAUUGUCCAGUCGUGCUUGAUGCGUUUAAUUUCCAUCCGCAGGUUCAUCCGUUAAUUUUGUUGCAAUAAAAAUAUGCCCUGAUUUUUUGCCGUUCACUUAGAGAGGGGAAAAGCGAAGAAAAAAAAGCCUAUAAUUUCUCGAAUUCAGAAUAAGAGUGCUACAAUGUUUUUUGUAACAAUGUAAUUUAUGAUUACAUUGGAAAGUAACGUUUCUAGAUACCGUAUGCUGUGAAAUGCUAAGGGUGAUAUGGUAAUCUAGUCAGCAGUUUGGAAAUCAUUUAUGUUUAUGUGUGAAAGUGACUUAAUUCAGUCUUGAAAAUGUCUGCUUUGUUUGAAAGAUGUUAAUACAUUUAUUUGAAAAUGCAAAAUUGUUUGAUAUGUCUUUAAAAUAAUAUAUGGAAUUACAGAUUGUUUUUAUUUAAUAAACAGAUUUUAAUUUA